GGAGAGAUAGAAGCUGCGGACAAGGAGAUGAAGCAAACAAGAGAAUGGAAGCCAACCCAUUAAUAGAGCCGUGAAUAGUUCAACUUAUUACCCGGCCAAUAUCCACCAUCUCUCAUCUCUCUCGCAUGAACCACUCCUAGCCCUCUUUCUCUCUUCUUUGCAUCCCAUUUUUUAUAUGCAUACGAUCCACGCACACCUGCAUUGUUAUACAUUACUGCUCAUAAAGAAUCACCCACUAUUAAUCUAAAGAAAGGAAGGAGUUUUCAAUACUGAUAUAUACUAUAUAUUUAUAUAUACAUACAUACAUCUUUUCAUAUUCUCUUUCGAUCUUCCAGUUUUACAGGAGCAAAAGAGAAGUAAAGUUGGUAUUUUUAAGAACAGCAUAGAUGGAUCAAGAGAUGGCAGAUAUUGAAGCACAAGCUAGUAAUGAAGAGCCUGAAGCAGAAGCAGCCGCCAUCUUAAAGAAAGCUAAUCGUCCUGUUACUUUGAAGUUUGCGGAUGUGGUCUACAAGGUUUCACUGAGUAAAAGAGGCUCAUGUCACAAGGGCACAAAACUUGAAGAAAAAUUGAUAUUAAAGGGAAUCACAGGCAUUGUUCUGCCAGGUGAAAUGCUAGCCAUGUUAGGACCUUCUGGGAGUGGCAAAACAACGCUGUUGACUGCCUUAGGAGGCAAACUUGGUGGAAAACUUAGCGGAGCAAUAACCUACAAUGACAGGCCCUUCUCUAAUGCAAUCAAGCGAAACACAGGAUUCGUUAGUCAAGAUGAUGUUCUCUACCCUCACUUGACUGUCACUGAAACAUUAGUCUUCACUGCCCUUCUUAGAUUACCUAAUAGUCUAACAAAAGAAGAGAAAACCACGCACGCAGAGGCUGUGAUUACUCAACUUGGUUUAACCAAGUGCAAGAAUAGCAUAAUAGGAGGAUCAUUCUUGAGAGGGGUUUCAGGAGGUGAGCGAAAAAGGGUUAGUAUAGGACAAGAAAUGCUUAUAAACCCAAGCCUUCUGUUCUUGGAUGAACCAACUUCGGGUCUUGAUUCUACGACAGCUCAAAGGAUUGUGUCCACAGUGUGGGAGCAAGCCAAAGGAGGAAGAACGAUUGUGAUGACUAUACACCAGCCUUCAAGUAGGCUUUUUUACAUGUUUGAUAAGGUUCUACUGUUAUCAGACGGGAAUCCUUUGUACUUUGGGAAAGGAUCAGAAGUUAUGGAUUACUUUUCUAACGUCGGAUAUACGCCUUCAGUUGCCAUGAACCCUUCGGAUUUCAUUUUGGAUCUUGCAAAUGGCGUAUCAUCAUAUACCGAUUUUUGUGACAACCAAACCAUAGUCAAGCAGUCUCUAGUUUCUGCCUAUAAGAGCAAUCUUGCAGACAAAUUGAAGGCAGAGGUUCAAAACAUUGACAAUCACCUUCAAGAUGGAGUAAAUGAUAAGCAGUUCGCACAGUGGGCCACAACUUGGUGGCAACAAUUUGCAGUGCUGUUUAGAAGAGGAGUGAAAGAAAGGAAGCAUGAGUCCUUUUCUGGUCUCAAGAUUGGACAGAUCUUAGUAGUAGCAUUGCUUGCAGGUUUACUAUGGUGGCAAUCUGAUGCCUCACACUUGCAAGAUCAAAUUGGGCUCCUCUUCUUUUACUCUGGGUUCUGGGGUUUCUUCCCUCUAUUUCAAGCCAUCUUCACCUUUCCUCAAGAACGCAGGAUGCUUGAAAAAGAGCGAUCUUCAGGAAUGUAUAGGCUUUCAUCAUAUUUCAUGUCAAGGAUGGUUAGUGACCUUCCAAUGGAGCUUGUCCUUCCUACUAUUUUCGUUACCAUAACCUACUGGAUGGCAGGGCUUAAAAGCACAGCUGAAAACUUCUUGCGCACCUUAUUUGUUCUCUUAUUUAAUGUCCUAGCAGCCCAAGGCCUAGGUCUGGCUCUUGGUGCAAUGGUGAUGGACCAAAAAUCUGCAACUACACUAGGAUCAGUGAUCAUGCUAUCCUUCCUACUAGCUGGUGGGUACUAUGUUCAACAUGUUCCUGUCUUCAUUCGAUGGAUUAAGUACAUCUCCAUUAGCCACCACGCGUACAAACUCUUGCUGGGAUCUCAGUACAAGGCUAGUGACACAUAUCCAUGUGGUACUAGUGGGGGUGUUUGCUUAGUUGGGGAUUAUCCUGCAAUAAAGGAAGUGGGGCUUGAUAAGCAAGUUCUUUCAGCUGUUGCAAUGGGGAUUAUGCUUGUAGGUUACAGGCUAAUUGCUUAUCUUGCUCUUAUGCGGGUUGGAGUGACUGGAAAGUAGUGUGCAUUAAACUAAUUAACUCUGCAUUCUGGGUCUCUAUCGCUAGUUUCAAUAAGUAACCCACGCAUUUCAGAAUUCAAAAACCUUGUAUUCUUAGACCCAGAGCCAAUAUGCCCAAGCCGGAGCCCUUUGAGAGUCUCGGUCCAAAUUACUAGAAUUGAUUUGUUCUCACUUUAUUUGUUAUUUUAAAAAAAUUAAGAAAAUAUUAAUUAUUUUUUUUCAAAUUUAUCCUUAUUUAUUGAUAUUUUUAAUGUA